AUGGCGCUCAGCCGCAGCGGGCAUGCCGAACACAGCAAUGAAAGCGAUCAGUGGGGAGGUUCUCGGCCGGUGAGUCCCAUUGCUUUCACCUCUCAGUGCUACAGUUAUACCGGCGGCACUUGCACGAGCACAAUGUGUCAAUCUUUUCAGAUGUCACAGUGCAACAUGGGCAGAUGUGUCUGUCCAGGUGGUUGUGCUGGGGCUGAUGGCAGGUGCUACUCUGGAGGGAACAUGUUGGUGGCCAGUGGCUUUACGCUGAAAAAUGUCAAAUGGCCAAAUUACCGGAUGUAUUUCAAACGUGUUAGUGCCUGGAACCAAAUGGGCACCUCGAGCAUGCCAAGCUUCAGCUUUCUAGGGUCGGACAGGUUCGACCUGUACCGGAUUCCAGGCCUAUUCAAAGGAAGGGCGCUGUACUUCCUGGCCUCGCACAAGUGGCCAGAGUACGUGUUGGCUGUACGAGGUACCCUCGGAACAGCGUUUAGCCCAUUUGGCACAUACACGGUGAAGUUGAAGGACCAGUCUACACCAUGGAAGCCGGAAGACAUCAUGUUGCGGGUUUGCACCAUGGCGGGCUACGGCAAGCCGAACGAGAUUAGGAUCGGCAGCGCUGGGGCGGUGAAAACCAUCUGGUCCUAUGUCCACAGUGGAGACUGGGACGUUUGGGGUUCCAUUUCCUCGCCAGGAACCGGAGGCAAGUGGCAUGCGGAUCCGCCAAUCCCUGCAGGGACUUUGUCGCCAUGCUGA